AUUUUGAGGUUGAGGUAGGGUUGUUGCUUAUUCAGGUUUCAAAUAUUAUUGUCAAGUGAGCUGAUUAGUACGUGACGGCCGUCACUUUUUCCAUGGGCACUAUGGCUGGAGGCUCUUUUGUUGCAGUUAUAUAUGUGGUGCUUCUGCUACACAUUGCAGAGGCUAAACACGAGUGGGGCGAAUGGUCAAAAUGGAGCUCCUGCGAUGCCAAAUGCGACGGCAGUCAGCAUCGAAGCAGAGAUUGUCUAGACCAUGUAGGUUCCUCCAUAACCACACCAGUUGAUUACGGACACUGCGCCAACGAUGACCACCAUGGUACUUCUACAUUCCAGGGAACAAAAGAGAUUCAAACACGUGACUGCUCUGAAAGCUGCACAGGUAUUCAUAGGAGGUUUUUAACUAGUACGACAUACAGAUGGGACAAAUGGACAAGCUGGACGCAUUGCAAUGCUACAUGUGAUGGGACAACUUACCGAUUGAGGUCAUGUAUAAGACACAAAGUAAAUGAAACGGAUCACUCCACUGACAUUUUACACUGUGGUUCUCAUACAAGAGGAGCUUUCCAAUAUGACAGGAAAAGUUGCGGACCUGCAUGUAACUUUUGGAGUGACUGGUCAGUGUGGUCGGACUGUAGCGAGAGUUGUGAUGAUGGCGUGAGAUACCGCGCACGGCACUGUCAGAACGGAGAUGCAUGCGUCGGAGAUGUGUUCCAGCAAGAGACUUGCAACAAAGGCAGAUGUCUUCAUGUAGUUAAUGGUGCGUGGGGCGGAUGGGCGAGUUGGGGCAAGUGCAGUUCAUCAUGUGGUCUUGGUUACAACGUGAGGUUCAGAUCAUGUGACAGCCCUGCCCCACAAGAUGGUGGAGCUGCAUGUUCCGGCAAACAUGACCAAGUCAGAGUGUGUCCACUUGUCCACUGUCCAAUAGAUGGCGGCUGGGGGAACUACACGGCCAACCAGUGUACGGUGACGUGUGGGGUAGGCGUACUGGUUUCUACAAGAAAAUGUGACAACCCACCUCCGCAGUAUGGUGGAGCUCAGUGCACUGGCUCUGCAACCAAAUUUGAAAAGUGUGCCAACCAGUUGUGUAAAAUCGAUGGGAUCUGGAGCGAAUGGGGUAAUUACUCAAACUGUCAAGUUGUGUGUGGAGAUGGUUACGUGGCUAGGGCUCGGACAUGCACUAAUCCCCCACCGCAGAAUGGUGGAGCAUUUUGUUCAGGCGAAUCGACUGAAAGAACGGAAUGCCAAAACGGCCAGUGCCCGCCAGAUAUAAAAAUAUGCGACAAAGCACAGAUUCAAAGAAUGGCCGCACAACUGAGCUCGAACACAUCUUCUGUGACUACUGGCUGCCUCAACGGAUCACUAGCGGAGCCAAGCGGCUUCUCUUUGCUUGAAUCAUACUGUAGUGUGCCGAACGACAGAUCAAAAUGGCGUCUAGGAAUCAAGAUUCACGAUAACUGCGAACUGAUACCUCUGUAUACUCCGGUCGGAUCCUCAGACAACGGUGUUCACGUGAAGGAAGCUGGUGUGAUGACAGAUUGCUUCGGAGACACAUUACAGAUGCUGUCCCAGUCAUGUAACACUAAUACUAUUCUGAAGUCUUACAACCUCACAGACACGAAUGCAAGUGUUCAUAUGAUAUUGUUUGAAAAUUGACAAUACAUUUUCAAUAUAAAAGAUAUACGAAUGUGUUAGGGCUUCGUAUUUUUAUUAAAUCUUGUUCUGAAA